AUGCAUUUGAACAGGAGUCUGGAAGAGCUUGGCUUCAAAAAAUAUACUCAAGAACAUGCAGUAUAUACAAGAGAUGAAGGAGAAGCAAGUAUACUUGUUGGUGUGUAUGUCGACGAUCUCAUCGUGACAGGAAGUAGCACAGAGAAAAUCAACAAGUUCAAACAACAAAUGAUGACAAAAUUUGAGAUGAGUGAUUUGGGUCUUCUCUCCUACUACUUAGGGAUUGAAGUGGAGCAACAGAAGAGCCAAAUUUUACUUAGACAAUCAGCUUAUGCCAAGAAAAUUCUAUCUCAGUUCAAGAUGGCAGACUACAAUGCCACAAAGCAUCCAAUGGAACCCAAGACACAGUUGCAUAAGGACUUGGAAGGGACUCCAGUUGAGGCCAUGGAGUACAUGCACAUUAUUGGUUGUCUGAGAUAUUUGCUACACACAUGGUCGGACCUGUCAUAUUCUGUCGGGAUGAUGAGCAGAUACAUGGAAAGGCAUACAAUCAUGUAUCACAAGGCGGUUAAACAGAUUCUCAGGGACCCCAGGAAAUUGAAGCAGAAGACAAUGACGCUUUCAUCUUGUGAGGCAGAGUUCAUGGCAGCCGCAACUGCGAUUCUAGGCCAACAGCUUGUGCCGCUGGUCAACGUAGACGCUGACCAUCUGCAGCCUUCCAGAGGUUACCUGUUGACCCUGGAGACUCUUGCCGUCGGCCACACCACCGGCAGCAGUGAGAUCCGCCGUCGAACAGCAGCGAGUCGCUGCUCAUGUGCUGCCAUCGCCCUUCUAGAGCUGUCGAUCGUCCGACCUCCUUCUGUCAGCUCACCACCAGUCGGUGGAAACCUUUGCCGUUGA